AUGUGUGGGAUGCAAAAGCCACUAUCUGUCAUUAAAGCUACCAAUAAGGCAAUUAUUCUUGCUGAUCUUGAAUAUAGUCAUACUGGUACUGACGACCUACUGUGUUUGCAGUCCUUUGAUCUUGCUCUUGAUACACCUGUAGAGAUUUUGCAUACUGUGACUCUUAGAGUUUAUAAAUAUCUUGUUAAUCAUCUGUUCAAGGAAGUUUUAAAGGGCAACAAUGCUUCACAAGUAAAGUUAUCUGAUUUGCUGAAGCAAGCAAAAGGGUUCAGAAACUUCACAAGAACUUUCAGAAAGAAGCUUAGACAUAGUGAGUCUUAUCUUGACAAGAAGUUCAAGAUUCUGGUGCAAGUCUUGCCACCUAUUCUUAACACUGAAGUUAGUAUGAUUGCUAAGCCCUUCAUGGAACUUUGCAUUCUAUCAUCUCUUUUAUUUAUUCAAGAGGUCGAUUCUGAUUUUGAUCAAUAUCUCAACAAUGUUGAUAAUACUGCUCGUUGUCUUGUUGUCUUUUUCAGCUUAACCCUGAAGACACACCUUCUGCUGCACUUGAAGGAAGACAUCAAGAGGUUUGAUUGUGCUUUCCACUUUGAGACUGAAAAGGUUACAUAUAAUGCUGUGGAUGCUCUAACAGGGAUCUUGCCCUUAAGUUUGGAAAGCAGAACAUACUCAGAUAUAUUACCAGUGGAAGCUUAUGGAUUAACAAAUUUACAGGUACUCAAGUAA